ACCUGACGACUUCGCUCUCCGUCGGCCACAUAGGCUGCUGCCGCACAGCCGUCCCAUUCUACACGACGUCCCCGACGGUAGUCACCGUCUCACUCUUCCAGCAUGCCGGGAACACAUCUUCUCCCGCCCAACUUACUCAAGCUCUUCGCGCCGCGCCCGCCGCUCCCUUAUACGCGACCGGUUGACAGGGACAUCGACCGCGUCCGCCCCAAGAAUGUGUCCGGCGUGGGACAUAUAUUAGCACAGCUGAAGGAGGACAAGACUACGGAGCUAAUGAACCAGGGCGAGGGGGAGGAGGGCAUGGAGGAGGGUGAGGAGCCCGCGUUUACGCUAGCAGAGGAGACAAAAAGACAACUCAGGCGGGAGGAGAGGAAGAAAAAGAAGACGGAGGAGUUCAAGGCGGCACUUGCAGCCUACAAGCCUGCUGAUGACCCUGAGGCGGUCGGGGACCCUUACAAGACGCUAUUCAUCGCUCGGCUGCACAAAAAUGCGACAGAGAGUGAUCUCAGACGAGAGUUUGAGAGUUUCGGUCCGAUUGAGCGGGUCAGGAUUGUUCGGGACAAGAGAGGGCGAAGUCGAGGAUACGCGUUCAUUGUCUACGAACGCGAGCGAGAUAUGAAAGCCGCCUACAAGGAAUCCGAUGGACUGCGGAUCAUGGGCAAGCAAAUCCUGGUGGACGUGGAGAGGGGUCGUACGGUGCGUGGUUGGAAACCUCGACGGCUAGGCGGUGGCCUUGGGGGCCGCGUCAAGCCCGAACCUGCUGGCUUCAUUAGCGGUCCGCCGCCAGGAAGAGGCGGUGGUUUCAGAGGUGGGUUGGGCGGUGGAGGGAGAGGCUUUGGUGAUCGCGGAGGCGGUCGGGGAGGGUUUGGCGACCGCGGUGGUGGGAGAGGAUUCGGCGACCGUGGCGGCGGGUUCAGAGGGGGGAGAGGUGGUUUCGGCGGGCGCGGCGGCGGCGGAUUCAGGGGAGGGUUCGACGGCGGUCGAGACGAGUUUGGCGGAGGGGGCCGCGGCGGCGGAGGGUUCGGUGGUAGGGGCGGCUUCAGGGGCAGAGGAGGUGGCAUCGGUUAUCAAAGUGGAGGUGGGUUCCACGACGGACCACCAAACGGCUAUGGUGGACAGGGCGAUGGGCCUGGCUUUGGAGGUCCUCCCGGUGGUGGGUUCGGGGGCGGAGGCGGAGGGUACGGCGGUCCUCCAGGCGGCGGCUAUGGUCGUGGCGACCUCAAGCGUGAAGGACCUGGUGGGUAUGAUGACAGAGAUUCAAAACGUCCCCGGUAUUAGGUAUCUCUUUUUCUCGACUAUGCAGCGUCCCGUGGUGGGGGGUUUGUAAGUGACAUUGGUUCCCGCCAUGCUCGUUCUCUCGGGAUCCUCGUGUUGUGCUGUUCAUCUUUGUAGCGUCCUGUGUUUCCCGUAAGUAUAGCGUAAGUAUAGUCGCGCCUCCCGCCUGGGCUCCCCCCUGGCAGACAAAGGCAAGUAUACAUGGAUGAAUACUUGAGGCAGGCUUCGUUUGCAGCGUCGGACUCGGUCGGCGGCAGGCUCAAGGACG